AUGACGAAUUGGUUAAAAUUCCUAGGAAUAUCAGUUCCUUUAACAAUUGCAAGGUCAUGGUUAUAUAUAAUAACAACAAUAUCAUCAUCACUAUUUAUACUAUUUCCAAUAUCAUUAAUAACCUAUAAUAAUUAUUAUCAUUCAUUAAUACCUAAAAAUAGUAGUUUUAAAAUCCCAUUAAAUUUCACAAUUUUAAAUAAUUCAAAUAAAAUUCAUUCAAAUAUUAUUAAUCCAAUGAUGUUUAAAGAUAUCAUAGAUAAUGAAUUAACUUAUAAUUUUGAAAUUGAAUUGAGUAUUUUAUGUAAACCAAAAUCUGAAUUAUAUUCAAUUGAUAAAAUUCAAUAUGAAUUUAUAAAUAUUUUAAAUUCUGAUAAUUUAAUUAAAUCAUCAUCAUCAUCAUCAUCAUCGAUAGUUGAUAAUGAUAAUAAUGAUGAUGAUAAAAAGAUGAUUAUUAGAAAAAAGAAGAAGAGAAUAUUUGGUGAUGUUUUUCAUAAAGGUUCAUUUAUAUUAAAUUGUGAUCCAUAUGAAAUUUAUUCAAGAAAUAAUUAUAUUAUUCCAUAUAAUUUUAAAUUUUUAAUAUCUCCAUAUUUAACUAAAAUUUCUCAAUCAAUUGUUUUAAAUUUUAAUAAAUUUAAAAUAUUAGGUAAGAAUUUAUCAAAUAUGAAUGAAUUUCAAAUAAAUUUAACGAAUAAGAAUAAUAAUAAUAAUGAUAAUGAUUAUGAUUUUUUAAUUGAUGAUAAUUUUUCAUUUUUGAAAAUCGAAGUAAUUUGGACUGGUUUUAGAUAUUAUUUAGUUAAAUAUUAUUAUUCUUGUUAUGUAAUUGGUAGUUUGAUUUUCUUUGGUAUAAUGUCAGGGUUUGGAAUAUUGAUAAGUUAUACCAUGUUGUAUAUAAAUAAUCGGAAAAAUCAACCAAUUAUUAAAGUUAAAAACUCAUAG